GUACCGCGUGGAGAUGAGCCACCAGGGAGGUGAUCCGAGCAAGAACAUAGUGCGUGAGUUUGCCUCAGACUUUGAGGUAGGCGAGUGCUGGGGCUACAACCGCUUCUUCCGCCUCGACCUCCUCGCCUCCGAGGGCUACCUCAGCGGAGACACCCUUCUGCUGCGCUUCGAGGUGCGGCCACCCACCUUCUUCCACAAGUGUCGGGAUCAGCAGUGGUACCUGGCACAGCUGCAGGCACAACAGGCCAGCUGAUGCAGCAGGUGCAACAGCUCAAGGAG